CAAACACGCAAACACUGCAUUAGCGAGCCGUAACACACACUCACACACUCACACACACACACAGACACACAGACACACACUUAUGAAGCACAGACACACAAACACACACACACACACUCCAAGUUCCUAUCAAAUCAUUUUUCUAUGACACAAAUUCAAGAGCUUGACACUCAGGCCCCUACAUUGAAACACAUGCCGUAUCAACCCGCCCACACCCACGCCCACGUCCUCCCCUACAUCCUACACAACGGCGCCCACACCCUGCACCCCCUUCACCUACCCUGUCACUCACCCUGUCACCCUUCAAGAAAUAGAGACAAUGGAUGCGUUCUCAAUAUCAGCGCUUCCUGUCCACACCGCUCAAACCAAACAUAGGCUCUGUUUGUUCGCCCCCUGGCCCUGCCCCCGGGGAGGUCACGAGGCUGGGGGCAUGAUGGGACCCCUGAGACACCCUUCCUACACCACUGGCAGGAAUUUGGUGCCCCUGAGAAGCUACAGUGAAGUGAAACGAUCGAAAAACAUAAGGGAUGUCACUUUUUUCGAUGCUCUAAUGGGUGACGGUAUGCCAAUGAUGUCCUUCCCUAUGGACACUCGUAAGGGACACAGGGACAUCGUGGCGCGCCCUCACGAGGACACCACCCACGCACUGCACGCACGCAAACCCACACCACUCAAACGCAAGGAGGACAAACAGCAAACACCCAUUGAAAAGCUAAGAAGGAAAAUAGCAGAGGAAGCUGCUAAAUGCCCUGCAGGACCCCGGGAUCUGAGCAAAUGCCCUCGGAACCAGUGUCCUAAGGGAGCGCGCGCGUGCAGGGACACAUCAAGAGGCGGCCCUAGAUCCUCCCUGAGUGCAAAGCUGUCCCUAAUCGCCCUCCUGCUGGCGGGAGUGGCGAACGGGAGUGAGUUUCCAGACAGAGAGUGCUGCGACAGUGUUCCACCGCCGCCACCUAACUACCACCAGGCCACCUCCACCACCACCACCACCACGCCGCCACCUGCCCCUGGACACAACACCUCCUCCGCCAUCAACACAGUGAGUCACGGCAUGAGCGGGGUGAUCAACUGCAUAGAGGCUCGCCACCGCUGCAGGAGUGACGGACAGUGUCGAGAUGUGCUGGAUAUGCUUCACAAGAUAUGCGGACCUGAGCUGGUGGCCUGCGCAACUGUGACCCCUGGGAAGUGUAAGACCCUGCUGAACACCCUGGGGAAGUACGACUACCUGAAGAGCUGUACCUGUAGAGAGCCUCAUAUUGACUUUAAUUGCUACACCUUCAGAGAGAUGAUCUUCAACCACCCCUGUUCUCUUAUGCACACUGGAGAGGACCACCAAACAUACAUGCAGACUUGCACAGAUGCCCACGCUGAGUGCAAGAACAACCGUGUGUGCUUCAAGAAAUACUUAGACUUCAUGGAUUUCUGUGGCUAUAGUGGCAUUACCUGCACUUCCCAGCAAAGCGAAAAAUGCAACGAGAGCUGGCAGCGGAUGAGAUCGACGCCCCGGUUUGGCUGCUACUGUCCUAUUCAAUCAAGGGCAGUGGGUUACUCCGGGAGCUACGACGCUAAGUUGGACGAGAAGCAAGAAAAAUGUAUGACCUAUUACAAUGACACGCAUGAGAACCCUUGCUUGGCCUCCCCAUUACCGCCGGUACUGCCCAAGGAGGACAUGAUAAGCCCACUAUACCGCCCAUUAGAUUUCUAUUACCGACCGCUUGACCUCUCUGCAAUAAUGGGCCGAUCAGUACCGAACCGAGAUGACGUCAGGAAUAUGAUACCGGUACCGCCUUGGGGAUACCUCUUACUGGGACACCGCCGGUACAAUGCUACUACUGGGCAGAAGGACGUGGAUCAAGCCAAGAUGGUGGAGCUGUCCCAGGCCAUGUGUCACGUGGCCCUGGAGCACUGUAGCAACGACCAGGAGUGUAGCAGGGAACUGAAUAACAUUAAUACGUGGUGUGACCAUUCCCACUGCGAGCCUGACCGCUGUAGGAACGCCCUGCAGGAGUUCUAUCAGCGGGUCAAGGUGGUGAGAAGGCUCCAGGUUGCUUUCUGUGUUUGCAGGCAAAGUGACCACGACGGAGAGUGUCUAAUGGCAAUGAGGAAGCUUCACCCAACCUGCGCUGAGAGACACAAGCCCAAGGAUCCUAUGCAGUGCCACAAAAUAGCCGAGCAGUGUCGCCAGAACAGAGCUUGCAGCGCCAAGUUGCAGCAAUACGAGCAGAACUGUGCAGCUGACGCCAUCACGGGCCGCUGCUCUGACACCCAUCGCAGUUGUCAGCAAGCAGUUAUGAACAUAUUAGGAACGGAACUGCAUGCUACUUGUGUUUGUAAGGGCACUGAUUUCCUCCACCAACAUGACUGCUACACCUGGCAAAAGUUACUCUGGUCCAACCCCUGUGUCAUCGAGUCUCACCUGAAACUUCACGAGGAGAUCAACAACGGCGGCGCAGAUGACCUAGAUGAAGAAUUCCGCAGUUUGACCCCCGCCCCGCCCACCUCCACCCCAGCGCCCCACAUCGGCCCCACCCACGGCUAUGGCACGGUCGUCUACCACCAGAAAGGCCCCAGUCUCGGCCCACAGACCCACGACCCCGUAGACCCUGAAAGUACCUGGGGAGGCGGUCGGAGAAAUGGGUUGAAAGUCGGGCAAACUAACCGCGGCUUUGACUCCCGUGGGGGUCUACCUGGAGGUCUUCCUGGGGGUCUACCUGGGGGACUACCUGGGGGACUACCUGGAGGACUACCUGGUGGACAUCCUGGGGGUCUUCCUGAGGGCUACGAGGUAUACAAGACCCGUGUAGGGGAAAGACCUCACUAUCCUGACGGAGAGACCCACUUUGGCAGAGGUCGAGUCCCUACAAACAUUUGGCUGUCACGCUCAGGGGACCACCGUGGGACCUUCGGGCAUGGGUACCGGGGCACUGGCAUCCCUAUCCCCUCCCAGGAGUCCCAUCACGAGGGUCCCAUCAUUGAGGACUGGGCGCGUGUCCUUGGGGGGCGUAAGGGGGUGAAGGUCCCAGAUUUCCCUGACGAGAGGGAGUCACAUACAAGAGCGCCCCCUUUCCCUCCUAACAGAGGUCACUAUGGGGCGAGGACCCCCCCUAACUUCAUGCCAGUGACCCCUACCCCUAGCCCACACCCAGCCACCCACGCUGCUGUCACGCCCUCCACCUCCACCACCGUCACGCCCACCACUUCUCCUACUAGAGCGUGUACCAUGAAGGAUUACAACCUCAAGACUGUCGUUAUUCCAGAGGGCACCAUAAAGAGGUUUCUGAAGCGCGACUCAGACUGCUCUCAGCUGUGCAAAUGUCCCAUGAGCGAGCGUGGACAGGAGCCAGAAGCGAACUGCAUAACUCUCUCCUGCGUUGAAAACAAGACUUGCCAGACCAAUAGAGCGCUCUACCCACACAACUCGCCUUACUACCUCGCUUACAGGGGCGUGUGUGUCUGCUACGCUGGGAAAUUCAUCUGCCAGAAACCAGAGCCAGGUCAGUACACUCUAGGCCCCGGGAUCUACCUGUUCUUGGGGUACAGUCGCGGCGAGGUGGAGAUCCUGGAGCCACACACGUCCACGAAUGAAUUAGAAGCCAUUAAAGUGCUGGAGGCAGUGCUCGUACGCGAUUAUGGAUUCCAGUGCGAGCUGCGAACGAAGCAUCACAUUGGGGAAAACUUCAUCGUGGUUGCCAAAUUGCAAGUGAAUCCUGAAACUUACAUCAGUCCCUUUAUCAAGCAGAGGAGAGAGAAGGAGGUAUGCGCGGGCCCACUGGAGGAGAUAGCCAAGAAGAUCAACUCCAGACCACGACACGAGGAUAUACGAACUGACGCAAUUUUAUCCAUGUUCGUGCUGGCCAAAGUUGAUGUGAACUUCCCAGAGCCUCACACAUCACCCUCUUACGCCUCUACAUCCUCCCAAGCUUCUCCCAUGGCCUGUUUGGUGCUUCUGGCUGCCCACGUCGUAGCUAAGGGCCUGCUGCUGCCUGCUAGACCCCUCACCUGACGCCAGAAGUGAAUGGAUGGCAAGGUCACCAGGGAUGUCAUUUAAAGGAUGAGAAAAUGCAGAGGGCAAGGAUUUCAUUAAGGAUGUUUGUAAAAGAUUGUAUUUUCUGUAUGUGUGUUUGUGUGUUUGUGUGCACGUAUACACACACACUCUCAUGUGGUAAUGUGUAUGUACUCGUUAUCAGUGUGUGUGUGUGUGUGUGUGUGUGUGUGUGUGUGUGUGUGUGUGUGUGUGUGUGUGUGUGUGUGUGUGUGUGUGUGUGUGUGUGUGUGUGUGUGUGCGUGUGUGUUAGUGUGUGUGUA